GUCAGGUUCCUCAGAUGCCUGCCCCUUCCACCCAAGGGGUGACCGGGCUGCGAGUCGCAGCCGCAUUUCCGGGCCGGUCGGGGUCCCGAGCAGGGGGGGAAGGGCAGCCGGACCUGCGCCGGCGGCCGGAUGACGCGCCCCCUCAUUUGCAUGCUCCGCGCCGAUUGGCCAGGGCGGCCGCCGGGACAGGAGGCCGGCCCCCUCCCCCUCCCGCCGCAGCCGCGGCAGCAGCUGGUCUCGGUGUAAACAAGUCGCGGCGGCUGCGAACCCGGGGGGGGGACGGCGCCCGCUAGGAGCGCCCCCCACUCCCAGGCCAGGCCACCCCGGCGGACCGGGUCCCCGCGCGCCCAGGCGAGGCACUGGGCUCCCUCUGUUCCCCGUGGGCCGCUCCCCGCGUGGGGCCACUGCCCCCGGCCCCCGCCAUGGUGCGGAUUUCAAAGCCCAAGACAUUUCAGGCCUACUUGGAUGAUUGUCACCGGAGGUAUAGCUGUGCCCACUGCCGCGCUCACCUGGCCAACCACGACGACCUCAUCUCCAAGUCCUUCCAAGGCAGUCAGGGGCGUGCCUACCUCUUCAACUCUGUGGUGAACGUGGGCUGUGGGCCAGCCGAGGAGCGGGUGCUGCUGACAGGCCUCCAUGCUGUCGCUGACAUCCACUGUGAGAACUGCAAGACCACUUUGGGCUGGAAAUAUGAGCAGGCCUUUGAGAGCAGCCAGAAGUACAAAGAGGGGAAGUACAUCAUUGAACUCAACCACAUGAUCAAAGACAAUGGCUGGGACUGACCCCUGCUGCUGACGCCUGUGGCUCCAGGCCGGCCUGGCCGCUGGGUGGCGCCACUGGCCUCCCUUCGUCGGAAGGAAGCGCUGGACCCUCAGGGCCCCCUGCCGAGGAAGGAUCCAGCUCCUGUACAUAUAUUUUAUUGCAUGCACUGUGACCUCGGGGGGAGAUCAGAAGGGGGACGACGCCCCUGCCUCUCCCUGCGAUCUGGCUGGCUUGGAUCUCGUUUUUAACCCCUUCUUGCCCCGCCUGCCCUAUAGAUAUGGCCCGUGUGCUGCUCUCUUGGCCCCAGUGCACCAAAUGCCCUGUGAACUUCUUGUCCCACGGGGUUCCUCUUACCCACGCGUGUCUGUUCCCCUCGUUCUGUAACGUUUGUAAAUAAUAAAACAAUGAAGUGGAGAAA